AAUAAAUAAACUAUAUAAUUAUGAUCCAAAAUAAAAUACUUAAAAUAAAAUCUUUGUUGGAAGCGUGUUUUUACUGCUAAUGAUCUGCUCUUGAGUUCUUAGAUAUGUAGAACUGUAUUUGUAGGUUCAAAUUCUCGAAUUCUAAGGCCGACUCUUGGUAGUGGAAAGGUUCGAAGAUGGACUCUUCUCAACUUGUUCUAUGUACGAUUCUCUGAUUUCAGGUGCCUCAGUCAAAGCUUUAAACUCAUUACUUCUAAAGGUGUGGUGGAAAUCAAUCCCAAUGUCUAUUUUCAAUUGGAAACUUCUUUAAGAUCGGAUUCCUAUCAAAGAAAACUUGGUUAAAAGAAACAUCAAGUCUGGUGGUGAAGAUUCAUCAUGCCCCGUUUGCUUAGGAAACCCCAAAUCUGCCCUUCAUUUGAUGCUUGAGUGUUGCGCUGGGACCUAUGUCUGGGCUUUGGUGAGUACAUGGCUUAAUUGCACUUUGAAAUUUGAAUUCCUCUCUGGAUUUGUGCAAUCAUUUUGGUAACUUCAUUCUUGAGGGGGAUGAAAAGAUGGAGAAAAAGGUACCCAAUUUAAUUGGGUCAAUGCACUGUUUGGAGGAUUUAGAAGACAAGAAAUGAGCUCAUUUUCAAGAAAUUAAUCCAGAUAUCAAUAAGAUUGAGGAAGGUGUGAAGAUUAACUCUUGAAGAUGACUUUGGGUAAACUUUCCUCAUUCUUUUUGCUAUUCAGUAAAUGAUUGGUGUCUAUAUCUGAAAGUGUAUAUCCCUUCUUAUCUGCAAUAUUAUACGUUUGCAUUUUGAAAUUGUUGAGUACCCCAUAUACUCAUCAUUUAUUUAAAAAAAAUACUCAACUAUAUUAUAUGGGACGAAAUAGUUGGCAUUAAACGGAACUUGAGAGAAUUAAAAUCAUGAGCGAAAAAUUCUAUGGCGAUCAGAUAGGUCCGAUUUUGACCCACAACCAUUAAUGUCCAUUAUAUACUCACCCACUCACCAGCCCUCCUAAUUAUAGUAAUUGAGAGAGAGAGAGAGAGAGAGUGAGAGGAUCUGAAAAAGAAAAAGUGAUAAAAGUAUAGUUAAUACGAACAAGCAAUUCUUUUUUGAUGCCAUGGACACGCAAAACAUUAAAUGUUUAGUUAAAUAUAUAGUGCGAUCAAGGGAAGCAUCAUAUAUAGUUUUGAGUUACUGAGAAGAAUAAAAAUGGCUUCCCAAAAACUAUUGGUUCUGACAUUUUUGGUAGCACUAAGUUGCUUAGCAGACAGCAUGCAAAUGCAACCACUUGACUCGGAGGUUUCUUCAGCAGAAAACAAAGUGAAUCUGUCUGUGUACUACGAAUCUCUGUGCCCUUAUUGUGCCAACUUCAUGGUUAAUCAUCUCCUCAAGAUUUUUCAGACAGAUCUCAUCAACAUCGUCAAUCUCAGACUCAUCCCAUGGGGCAACACUCAGAUUCAACCCAAUGAUACUUGGAUUUGCCAGCAUGGUGUUGACGAAUGUCGGCUGGAUGUCAUAGAAGCUUGCGCCAUUGAUUCCUGGCCUAGAGUGGAGACACAUUUCAAGUUUAUAUACUGCGUGGAGCGACUGCAUUUGAUGGACAGGCACUCAGAGUGGCGAUCAUGUUACGCUGCAAAUAAUCUGGAUCAAACGCCCCUCAAUAAUUGCUAUAAUAAUGGCCUCGGUUUUCAGCUUGAGAAAGCAUAUGCUGAUGAAACUGCUAAGCUCAAUCCUCGACACAGAUUUGUGCCAUGGGUAGUUGUCAAUAACAUUCCUCUACAAGAAGUCAGUCUCUCUCUCUCACUCUCAAUACAUACAUAUAUGUACAAAAAUGAGCUAUAUCUUUGCUUUCAUGGAUGCAGGAUUUUCAGAACUUCAUAGGCUAUGUUUGCAGAGCUUACAGAGGAAACAAGAUGCCCAAAGCUUGCGCUCGUUAAGAGAAGAAGAAGCUUUAGAAGAAUUUGCAGUAUUCUGAAGAUUCAAAAAACUUCGAAAUAAUAUUCAGUUUUCCCUAAUGCAGUAAUUUUCUGUACCAUUACAGCUUUCAGUGUAGAAACAUGUUGUAACAAUUGUUUUGAUCCACAAUGUAAAAGUAAAAAUUUUGCUGUUUAA